GACUCUCCUCAGUGACACCUGUGUUCUGUCCCAGGCAUAUCAAGCUGCACUGCCAGCCUGGGAGGGGCCAAUCUGGCAGACACACACAGUGCCGUAAUCCUGCAACUCAAUGCCGCUGAGAACUGCACAUGGACAAUAGAAAGACCAGAAGACAAGAGUGUCAGAAUCAUCUUUUCCCACGUCCAUAUGUUCUGUCCACAGGCUGGAUCCAGAGGGAACAUGUGAAAGUGAAAACAUUAAAGUCUUUGAUGGACACUCUACUGAUGGGCCUCUUCUAGGGGAAGUCUGCAGUAAAAAUGACUUCGUUCCUAUGUUUGAGUCAUCAUCAAAUACACUAACAUUUCAAAUAAUCACAGACUCUGCAAAUAUCCAAAGAAGUGUCUUUAUCUUCUACUACUACUACUCUUCUGACACCAUUAUUCCAAAUUGUGGUGGUUACCUGAACACUUUGGAAGGAUCCUUUACCAGUCCCAAUUACCCACGGCCACAUCCUGAGCUGGCUUAUUGUGUGUGGCACAUACAGGUGGAAAAAGGUUACAAAAUAAGAUUAAACUUCAAAGAGAUUUUCCUAGAAAUAGAUGACUACUGCAGAUUUGAUUUUAUUGCCGUCUAUGAUGGCUCCUCCACCGAAUCUGGCCUGAUGGGACAAGUCUGUGGCCGUGUGACACCUACCUUCGACUCUUCUUCAAAUGCUUUGACUGUUGUGUUAUCUACAGAUUAUGCCAAUUCCUAUCGAGGCUUUUCUGCUUCCUACACUUCAAUUUAUGCAGAAAAUAUCGACACUACAUCUUUAAUUUGUGACUCUGAUAAGAUGAGAGUUAUCAUAAGCAAAACCUAUCUGGAGUCAUUUAACUAUAAUGAGAACAACUUACAACUAAAUGACCCAACUUGCAGACCAGAAGUAUCAAAUGUCGUGGAAUUUACUAUCCCUCUGGAUGAAUGUGGUACAAUCAAAAAGGUAGAGGACCAUACAAUUUCUUACACCAACGUAGUUAGUUUUGUGGUUUCCCCGAUGUCUGCGGUGAUCACCCGUCAGAAACAUCUAGAGAUUGUUGUGAAAUGUGAAAUGGAAUAUAAUUCCACUGUGGAGAUAAUGUACAUCACAGAAGACGAUGUCAUAAAAAACCAAAAUGCACUGGGAAAAUACAAUACGAGCAUGGCGUUUUUUGAAUCGGAUUCAUUUGAAAACCCUAUAUUGGAGUCUCCGUAUUAUGUGGAUUUGAACCAGACUCUUUUUGUGCAAGUCAGUCUACAUACCUCAGAUCCAAACCUGGUGGUAUUUCUCGAUGCCUGUAUAGCCUCUCCCACUUCUGACUUUGGUUCUCCAACUUACGACUUAAUCAAGAGUGGAUGCAGUCAAGAUGAGACUUGUAACGUGUAUCCCUUAUUUGGACACCAUGGAAGAUUCCAGUUUAAUGCCUUUAAAUUCUUGAGAAGUCUGAAUUCUGUGUAUCUGCAGUGUAAGAUUUUGAUAUGUGAUAGUGAUGACCACGAGUCCCGCUGUAAUGAAGGCUGUGUCAGUAGAAGGAAAAGAGAUAUUUCUUCAUACAAAUGGAAGACGGAUUCUAUCAUAGGACCCAUUCGUCUGAAAAGGGAUCGCAGUGCAAGUGGAAAUUCAGGUGCAGGAGUUCUGCGUCAGACACCUGCAGAAGACACUUGGAGCCAGCCUUUCAACAGCCUGCAUGUGUUUUCAUUCGUGGUACUUGCUCUGAAUGUAGUGAUUGUGGCCACGAUCACAGUGAGGCAUUUUGUAAAGCAACGGUCAGACUACAAGUACCAGAGGCUACAGACUAUUAACUAAUUGGUUUUGGCUCUAAGCAAGACACAAUUUAUCCCAGCAUGUUGAAAGAAAUGAUUCUUCAUGGCUAUCCAGGAUAUGAAUAAAGUAGGAAGAGACUGAAAAAAUGAUAGACUUUUAUGUCACUGUGUCAGUAUAUUUCAUUAAAAGAUGAUUGAAAUAAACAAAUAUUCUAUCCAUUAACUGCCAUCUUAGGAACUGAAGUUAUUACAUGAAUUAUGAGCAUCACUUUUCAUAUGCAUGAAACACUUUAACCAAAUAUCAGAUGAACAGAAAAAGAUUUAUUUUAUGGUUAAGAAGAGUAGUCUUUAAAAUUUAUGUUAUUUUUCAAGUUUAUUUUUCAGGUGCUAAAUAAACAGUGCAAAUGUAAUAUGCAAAUAAAUGGCAAAUAUGCUACCUUAGAAGUAUUAAAAGUUAUAAGGUCUGAAACAAAGAGUGCAGAAGAGUGCAGGGCAGUUGCUUGGCUUCCCAUGUUUUACAGAUGCAGUCUCAAUGUUUCUCAGCAGCUCCGAAAGGGGAAGAACCUGACUGUAAAAUGAAGGACUUCAUACAUUUUCUAGAUUAAUG